AUGGCAUAUUGGGUUUUAUAUUGUUGCAUACUUGUGAUAUUUUUGGCUCAACCAAGUAGAGCUGUCGAAGACGAGUGCGCGGUGAAAUACUGCGUGGGGGAAGCUUACGUGUGCAUAAACGAUGAGUGCUACUGUGCUGAAGGAUAUGUUCCAAACCACUUCCAGACACGUUGCAUAAGAUGUCCAGGAUUGGGAGAAACAUGUUUUGGUCCAUGCUGUAACCAAUAUGGAAAUGGAAGUCUUCAAUGCCGCCAGGGGUUUUGCCAACCAUGUUAUGACUCUUACGGCAACUGGGUAUGCCGAGAUUCUUUGGACCAAAUGCUUCUAGUAUCAACCACACAAAUCAUCAUGGCGGCUGCGCUAAUAUUAGGAAUAAUUACUACAUUUAUACUAAUGUACAGGCUUUGCGCUGCAACUGCAACCUUACAGCCUUUAGGUCGUGAUCAAAAUUACGAGAGUCGUCUAUCAAUCGGGAGCCUGCAAGUGUAUGUCGAAGAAAGGUUAAGAGAUGCACCUCCAAGAUAUACAAGAGCUGUGUCUGCAGGAUCCGCGAUAUACCCAGCGACUACAUAUAUAAAUGCUGGUUUUAUUCACGACAGCAGUCUACCACCACCACCUUACACACCAAGCACUAAAACUGGUGAUACACAAAAUACAGCAAUACACAUUUAG